UUACUUCCGGGAGGAGCGGGUGGUUCGGGUAGGAGUUUUCUACCGUCCUAGGUCUUGAUCCCGGUAAGCCAGGCAUGAAGAUCACGAGGCAGAAACAUGUCAAGAAGCAUCUCGGCUUCUUCCGCAAUAAUUUCGGAGUUCGCGAGCCGUACCAGAUCCUGGUGGACGGUACCUUCUGUCAGGCGGCGCUGCGCGGCCGUAUCCAGCUGCGGGAGCAGCUGCCCCGCUACCUCCUGGGCGAGACACAGCUGUGCACCACCAGGUGUGUGUUAAAAGAGUUAGAAACAUUGGGAAAAGACUUAUAUGGGGCAAAACUGAUUGCACAAAAAUGCCAAGUCCGAAAUUGUCCCCAUUUCAAGAAUGCUGUGAGUGGAUCAGAAUGUCUGCUCGCCAUGGUUGAAGAGGGAAAUCCUCAUCAUUAUUUUGUGGCAACACAGGAUCAGAAUUUGUCUAUGAAAGUAAAGAAAAAGCCUGGAGUUCCUCUCAUGUUUAUUAUUCAGAACACUAUAGUCUUGGACAAACCUUCUCCCAAAACUGUUGCUUUUGUUAAAGCAGUGGAGUCAGGUCAGCUUGUCUCAGUGCACGAGAAACAAAGUAUCAAGCAACUCAAAGAAGAACAGGGUUUAGUGAAAAACCCAGAACAGAGAAGAAGAAAAAAACACAAGAAAAUAAGUGGCCCCAAUCCUCUUAGCUGUUUGAAGAAAAAGAAGAAAGCACAGGAUCCAAAAUCACCUGCCUCUGAAAAGAAAAGAAAAAGAAAAAGAAUCCGGAACAGAUCUACCUCAAAAGUACUUUCUGAAAAGCAGAGUGAUAAUGAAUGAAUUCCUUGAAUACUUUUAAAGACAUUCAAAUGGGAAAAACAGAUUUCUUUUUAAAACUGUGGAAGUACUUACAAUAAAAGACUGUUAUUUUUAUAAAUAAAUAUUGACCCAUAAGCCUUUGCCUAAAAUUA